AGCGCGCCCCCUUCAUUUGUUCCCCUUCUUGAAGCUCAUUUUCAUGACGUGGAAAAGCCUGAUCCAGGGCAACAACAGCACCACACACACACACACACACAGGGAGCAGGAGAGAAGCCCGAGAUCCUCCGCCGCGCCCCAGCCCUCCCGCUCCGCGCUGCCGGUGCCCGGAGAAGGCGGCGGCGGCGGCGCUGGAGCCUGCAGCAGCCCCUCUCCUCCCUCCUCCAUUGAGUGUGCCAAACAGCAGCUCUGCAUCCUAAAGAAGAUCAUUGAGGGGCUCAUUGCAUUCCCAGCACGUCUCAGCCUUGCUUCUUUUUUUUUUUUUUUUUUUUUUUUUUUUUUUCCCUUUUGCCUCAGCUUCAGCAGGAGUAGAGAGAGAGGGAGAGAGACAGAGAGGGAGAGACAGAGAGAAACCAGCAAUCUUUAAACUCGAGCUUUUUUUCCCCCUUCCCCCUUUCUUUUUUUUUUCCUUUUUUUUUUUUUUUUUUUUUUUUUUUUGGAACGAUGUGCUAAAAUCUCUCCUGCAAACCGCCCUUGCAGAAGAGAAAGAACUUAAGUGGCUAAUAUUUUGCAAAGGAGACAGAGAGACUGAUACUGCAAUAUAGCUCUCAUCUCUCUCCCUUCUUCCCAAUUAGAUGCUGGCUUUAAUUGCAGGGGGUAUUUCUCUUUUCAUGCUUUCAACCAUCUCUUUCCCACAGGGGAGGGUUUCAUUCGCAAGUUGAUCAUAAGGAUUUCUUUUCGUUUCGCAUUUCUCUCCCCUAAAUGCAUCUUUCUGCUCUUAAGUUUGUGGAUGGGGGUCAAAAUUUUCCAGUUCUUACGCGUGGAAGGGAAAAAGGACCUUUUCUAUUGAGAGAUUAAGACCGAAAGCAAUGAUCGCUCCGAAUAAUUCUAAUGGGCUUUUCAGUGAUUCAAGGAAGGCUGCAUCACCACCGUUAUUAUUACCAUCCUUAGCAUUUCUCUAUGCCCAUACAUUUGAAAUAUCUGGUGAAAGGAAGGGUGAAACCAUAUGUUGAAGGAGCUGCAUCUCAUUAGUACAGUAUUAUUUUCAUCUGAUAGGAGAAGAACCGUGUCUUCAUUCGGAAACGUAUAUAGUAGGAUAGAUAAUUUAUCGGCUGGUAAGUGUCAAGGCAUUUUUUCUUCCACUUUCAGCUUUUUAACUGGGUCUCCUGCUUGGUCCUGGGGGCGCAGAAUACCCUAAUCCAAGGCAGGCUGAGCGUUUCAAUCCUAGGUGCCUCUUUAGCUGUCACUUCCCUUUAGAUCUGCUGAUCGCAUGGGCAUGUGCUUUAGAAAGAUUAAUCAUCUCUAAAUGCUUUAAUCAGCUAAAAUGACUAAUAUGUGGUAUGUAUUUAUCUGAUAAUAUACCCAUUGCAUUAAUUCAUCUGUGUGUUUGAAAGGGGAAUGUUUUCUUUUAAAUUAGGAUUGUUAACCAUUUACUGUUUUAAAGACGUUGUGGUGGCUUCUGAAGGGAACUGUUUUCUCAGGGACAUUAGCAAACCUUGCACAUUCCUUUGAACUUACAUAUGGAAUAAUAUUGAGCUGGCAGGGAGAGAGAUUCAAGGACUGAAAUUCAAUAACUUUGGGAGUUUGCAUGUAUAAAAGAUGUAGUGUGACACUGGAGAAAUCUGCCCACUGCUACGAGAUUUUCCCCUUGUAGUUGACAUAGGCUACGAUGGCAAUAAAGCCAAAACUGCAAACAAGUAUGAAAUACACGCAGUUCUGAAUGCUGGUCCUAUGGCGGAAAACACGCAAAGACGCAACACGUUCUGCCUGUGUGCUCCUAUCGUUGUAUGGUCUGCAUGUGCUGUCCUCUUUAUAGGUGGCAUUUACCAAAAGGGGGGGCGGAGGGAGAUGAGGGAGGCUGAUAUCGCGUGAUUAAACCUUUUAACAUCUCUUAAGUAUAAAUCAGGGCAAGGCUCACACACCCAACAGCUCUAGAGUUUGUUGUGAACGUCUACCCAACAAUUGCUGAACUUUCCAGGAGUCUAACACAAGUCUAGCAGGUAGGGGCUUGGUAAAAGGAGUGGGGCAGGAGAGAAAUACUGAAAAUCUGCAUUUUUUUUUUCCCAUUGCAGUUUUGUAAACGUCAACAAAUGAUGAAACCUUCCUCGGCAGAGACGCUUCAUAAAGGAAGGAUGUUGUGGAUAAUUCUUCUAAGCACAAUUGCUCUAGCAUGGACUACACCAAUUCCCUUGAUAGAGGACUCGGAGGAACUUGAUGAGCCCUGCUUUGAUCCAUGUUACUGUGAAGUGAAGGAGAGCAUUUUCCAUAUACAUUGCGACAACAAAGGAUUUAUAAAUAUUAGUCAGAUAACAGAGUCAUGGUCGAGACCUUUUAAACUUUAUCUGCAGCGGAAUUCCAUGAGGAAAUUGUACACCAACAGUUUUCUUCAUUUGAACAAUGCUGUGUCUAUUAACCUUGGAAACAAUGCACUGCAGGACAUUCAGACGGGGGCUUUUAAUGGGCUCCGAGUUCUAAAGAGGUUGUAUUUGCACGAAAACAAAUUGGACAUUUUCAGAAACGACACUUUCCUGGGUUUGGAAAGUCUGGAAUAUCUGCAGGCAGAUUACAAUGUCAUUAAGCGGAUUGAAAGUGGGGCAUUUCGAAACCUAAGUAAAUUGAGGGUCCUUAUCCUAAAUGACAAUCUGAUCCCCAUGCUUCCCACCAACCUAUUUAAGUCUGUGUCCUUAACCCACUUGGACUUGCGUGGGAACAGGUUAAAAGUCCUUUCAUACCGCGGGAUGUUGGACCAUAUUGGCAGGAGCCUGAUGGAGAUUCAGCUGGAGGAGAACCCGUGGAACUGUACGUGUGAGAUCGUGCAGCUGAAGAGCUGGCUGGAGCGCAUUCCCUACACUGCCCUGGUGGGGGACAUCACCUGCGAGACCCCCUUCCACUUCCAUGGGAAGGACCUGAGGGAAAUCAAAAGAAGUAAGCUCUGCCCCAUGCUGUCCGACUCCGAGGUGGAAGCCAGCCUGGGCAUCCCUCAGCUGUCGUCCAGCAAGGAGAACGCGUGGCCUACGAAGCCGUCCUCCAUGCUGUCCUCCUUCCAUUUCACCGCUUCCUCAGUUGAGUACAAAACAUCCAACAAACAGCCCAAGCCCACCAAGCAGCCCAGGGCACCCCGGCCUCCCCCAACCCCCCGCGGCCUGUACCCCGGGCCUAACCAGCCACCCGUGGCUGCCUACCAGACCAGGCCCCCGAUCCCUAUCAUCUGCCCCACCGGCUGCUCCUGCAGUUUGCACAUCAAUGACCUGGGCCUGACGGUCAACUGCAAGGAGCGAGGGUUUCACAACAUCUCUGAGCUCCUGCCCAGGCCCCUGAAUGCCAAGAAGCUGUACCUGAGCGGGAAUUUGAUCCAGAAAAUCUACCGCUCCGAUUUCUGGAAUUUUUCCUCUUUGGAUCUCUUGCACUUGGGGAACAACCGCAUCUCCUACGUGCAGGAUGGGGCCUUUAUCAACCUGCCCAAUCUCAAGAGCCUCUACCUGAACGGCAAUGACAUCGAGCGGCUCACCCCGGGCAUGUUCCGGGGCCUGCAGAGUUUGCAUUACCUGUACUUCGAGUACAACCUGAUCAGGGAAAUCCAGCCGGCGGCCUUCAGCCUCAUGCCCAACCUGAAGCUGCUCUUCCUCAACGACAACCUGCUCCGCACCUUGCCCACCGACGCCUUCGCCGGCACUUCGCUGGCCCGCCUCAACCUGCGCAACAACCACUUCUUGGCGCUGCCGGUGGCCGGGGUGCUGGAGCACCUGCACGCCAUCGUGCAGAUCGACCUGAAGCUCAACCCCUGGGACUGCACCUGCGACCUGGUGCCCCUCAAGCAGUGGCUGGAGGCGCUCAGCUCGGUCAGCGUGGUGGGCGACGUGCUGUGCGCCAGCCCCGAGCGCUUGGCUCGCCGCGACCUGCGCUCCCUGGAGCUGGGGGCGCUCUGCCCCGCCGCUCUGCGCCCCCCCGCCGCUGCCGCCGCUGCCGCCGCCUCGCCCCCGGCCGCCGCCGCCCCCCCGCCGCCCUCCGCCACCGGCGCGGCCGCCUAUGAGCUGCCGCCGCCCGCCGCCGCCGUGCCGCUCUCCGUGCUCAUCCUCAGCCUGCUGGUCCUCUUCUUCUCGGCCGUGCUGCUGGCCGCCGGGCUCUUCGCUUUCGUGCUGAGGAGGCGCCGGAGGAAGCGGCCGUUCCGCGGGCCCCGGGCGGAGGCGGCGGAGCUGGGCGGCCCGGGGGGCUUCCAGGAGGGCGGCGGCGGGGAGCGCUCCCCGGAGAAGGCGCCCCCGGCGGGUCACGUCUACGACUACAUCCCGCACCCGGUGACCCAGAUGUGCAACAACCCCAUCUACAAGCCGCGGGAGGAGGACGAGGAGGACGAGGCGGCGGCGGGGGGCGGCGGGGGGGAGGCGGCCGAGCUGCUGCGGGGCGCCGGAGAGCGCUUCGCCGCCGCGCCCCCCGGCCCGGAGCCGAGCACCAACUACCGCACCUUGCUGGAGAAGGAGCAGGAGUGGAGCCUGGCCGUGUCCAGCUCGCAGCUGAACACCAUCGUGGCCGCCCACCCGCAGCAUCCCGCGGGCGGAGGGCUGGCGGCGGGCGCCGGGGGGUCGGGGGCGGCGGCGGCGGCGGGAGGAGCCCCCCGGGACCGCGACCGCCCGCCCCCCUGCGCCGUGGGCUUCGUGGACUGCCUGUACGGCACCGUGCCCAAGCUGAAGGAACUGCACGUGCACCCCCCUGGCAUGCAAUACCCGGACCUCCAGCAGGACGCCAGGCUCAAAGAAACCCUUCUCUUCGCGGCCGGCAAGGGCUUCUCAGAGCACCAAACCCCCACAAGCGAAUACCUCGAGUUAAGGGCCAAACUCCAAACCAAGCCGGAUUACCUCGAAGUCCUGGAGAAGACCACGUACCGGUUCUGACCGCCGCCCCGCCGCCCGCCCGGCACCACCGCAUGCGAGGAGAGGCUCCAGCUGUGCGCUCUGCCCGCCAGCUGUGCGCGCUGCGGGCAGGGCCGGCCUCAGAGCAGUAAUCGACGAAGUGCCUUCGCAGACUUUUGCCAGCAGAUGUUAAUCAAUCAUUAUUUUUUAUACUGAAACUGAGACUUUGACUGUGCCAUGUCUAAGGUAUAUUAUUAUUAUUAUUAUUAUUAUCGGGGAUCUUUGUAUUGAUCCUGAUUAAGUAAAUUCCAUGUGUGUCUUUCUUUUUUUUUUAUUCAUUUUUAUUUUAUUUUUUAUUUUUAUUUUUUAUUUUUUUCCGUUGCAGUAAACUUCCUCUAUAUUUUCCCUUGGAGGGGAGGGGAGGGAAGAUGGCAUUUUGUGGCUUGCUUUCUUCUUGCCCAUCAUGGCACAGAUUCUGUACAUUUAUUUAAAAAAAAAAAAAUGCAAAGAAGCAAACGAGAGAGGUUUGCUGCAUGCCUGGAAACUGCAAGAGGGAAGGGAGGGGAGGGUCUUGCUCGAAUGUCUCACUCUUGUCUCUCUCCCUCCCUCGCACGCACAUGCACCCACCCGCACCCCCGCCACCCCGCGGCAGCCCGGCCCCUCCGCGCAGUGCCCGCUGCUGCGCAGGGAAUCCCAGGCGCCGGGGGAAGCCACCCGGAGCCGAGCAGCCCAAAGGAUGUAACCACGUGGCGCACACACCUAGGGGAUGCUCAGUGACACUUCAUCAUGACGCCAUGGUUUUUUGGAGGACAUCCGCACUUUCCUAAAUAAAAGCAACAUGCAAAUAUACAGGAAAAAAAAAAAAGGAUAAAAAAAAAAG